GACCUUACGAAAGCUAAGGAAGAAAAAGAAGAUCUUCAAGAAAAAUUUGAAAACUUGCUGGAAAUGGGGACUCAUAAAAAUCUUGAUACUGAGUUCCAUAAUAAAAUCUGGGCUGAAGAGCAGCGAAAAUUAUGGGAAGCCCAAAAAUUAAUCAUUGAUCAGCGACGAACAAUAGAAGGUCUUGAAGAAGGAGUUUGUCAAUUAAUUUCACAUAAUAUAAGCUUGCAGAGUAGUAGAGGUCGUGCUGAAGCAGCAUUUGAAGAAGCAAAACAAAUGCUUUUUGAGGAAUGUAAUAUAAUUUUGUCAAACGGUUCUACUUCUAAUCCUAAUUAUGAAGAAGUUGAUUAA